UAUUGUAACAUAUAUUUAUUUAUUUAAACUAAAUUCAACAUAAAACAAAAGUAAAAAAAAAAAUAAUUAAUGAAAUAUUAACCUAAUUAAACUAAAAUAAAAAUACAAACACUAUAUACAUUAAAACUAUAACUAAAACCCUACUAAUACAAUAAUAAAUCACUAAAUAACAAACAAAUAAACAAAAACAUUAAAACAUAGGUACGUAAGUUGGUCACAUCAAUAAUGGCUAGUUGUUCGUUCUCACUGCAACAUACGACCGGUCCUUUGUUCUCGUCCCCACAUAAACGGGCGCGUAGCGGGCGAUCGCGGAAAGCGAUUUUGAUCUUCAUACAGCGGACACGUAAACGCUCAUCUCAACGCAGUGUUCAAAAAAUUUAAAUACGCUGAUAAUUAAUUCCUCCAGUUUUUUUUACACACUGUGACUAGAAUUUCUAAAGUGUAAAAUUUCUCUUCAGUUUAAUUUCAAAGUUUUGUGUGUGCAAUAUUAUUACCCGUGAAUCGGGUCCGAGUUUAGGGCUGAGACGACAGCCAUAUCAUUGCGCACCACCCUGCGACUGCUGAGUGCUGUCCGUACGACCGACCAUCCCAGCGUAGCCAUUGACCGAAGACUGGUCGCGAUUAAGGGCAGUACCUCUUUGUCAGGAUUUAGAACACGGCAUAGGGCAGUAGGACUCAACCCUGUAUUUAUUUUCUUUAAAUAAAAUUAUUAUCUGUGGACUUGGUUGAACUUUUAUUUACUUCACCCAAACGUCACACUGGCGCUCAACGUGUUUAAAUUUAUUAUUUUCUUAUGCCGUAGUUCUACUUCCUUUUAGUAGCUGCAUGUUUGUGUGCUUUAUUUUGUUUUUCUUUUGUUUUGUGAAACGUUUCAUUUUACUUUUGGUUGCAAGCAGCUAAGGUGUAACACUAAACACGUCUAUUCUUUUACAUUCUAUUUAGUCGUUAUUAUUAUUGUUAAAAAUUUCCGUUGUUUUGUUAACAUUUUAUCUUGCCAGAACAAUUUUCUUAAACUACCGCCGCACUUUAAAAUUGCUAAUCUAUGUUGUAGUCAGUAAUUCGGUCAUUUUGUAAACUGUCCAAAUCGGUUUUUUUUAUUUUGUGUUUGUGCUACACACUAGUUGCAAUUUUAUGUGCCUUUUUUUUUUUUUCUUUCUUUCUUUUUGGUUUUGUGUUGUGUGAUUUAAAUUUUUUUUUCUUUUGCCUAUUUUUAUUUUUAUUUUUUCUUUGCAUUUAUUUAGCAACCUUAAACGUUCUUCGUGUCACAAUUUUGUAAAGAACAGAGAUUUUUUUUUACGGUUUUGGUUCACCAUUUACUUAUUGCCGGUAUAUAUAUAUUUUUUUUUCUCUUUUAAAUAUGGCUUUUCCUAUUAAAUUUUUAUCACUCCAGAAGUCUGAAUUAGAGUACGAAGUGGCAAUCAGAGGUUCUAACCCUGAAAGCACCGUACAAGAGCUUAGGAAGCAAAUCGCUAAACUAGCUCCCAUUUUUCCAUCGGAAGACAUUUUAGAUUCGCCAUUUGGUACAGCUGAGGACCUCGUAGGAGUUUCAAAUGUUUUAACAAAGAUUAAGUCAUCGAUCGAGGGUACCGAGCUCGAUCGUAAUAACGUUUUAAGAGUUAAAAAUUUAUUAAAUCAUCUGUAUCAUCGCUUAAAUAGGAUACAUAGUAGUGGGACCGAAUCAGCCAUUUAUGGUUCUUGCGUUGACCAAUUUAAAAUGUACACAAAUAAAGUUCAAUCUCUUAAAGAUAAAGACAUAAUUGAUCCAUUGCUUUGUCAAGGUACCAGUGAAUCAUCCAUAUCAACCACCCCAAUGAACAUAUCUGUAACUUGUGAUCGAUCUUCUCAAGAUAUUAUUAAAUUAAAAUAUGAUGGCAAAACUUGCGUUCGAUCUUUUGUUCAAAGGGCAAUUGAGUUCAAACAGGCGCGAAAUAUUUCUGACAAUAAGUUGCUUUCAUUUGCAACCGAAAUAUUUACUGGAGACGCUUUACACUGGUUUCGCAGCAAUAGAGAUCUUAUUUCAGAUUGGGAUAGCCUUUUAGUUCUUUUAAAAAAUGAUUUCGAUAGGUCUGAUUAUGAUUAUAGACUUUUAUCAGAAAUUCGCUCGAGGACGCAGGGUGAAUCAGAAAACAUAGUUAUUUAUUUAUCUAUUAUGUCUGGAUUGUUUUCGCGUCUUUCGAAAACUCUCUCAGAAGAUAGUAAACUGGAAAUUAUUCUGCAUAACAUCCGCCCUUGCUACUCAACUAUAUUAGCUUCUUCUCCCGAAAUUAAAUCAAUUGAUGAACUAAGAUCUCUUUGCACUAAUUUCGAAAAAGUUCAAGCACGCCUAUUGCAUUUUCGCGAACCACCAGCUCCUUCGUCAGAUACUUUAGCACCCGAAUUUGCCUACUCUAAAUCCAAAGCAAAAUUUAAUCAAAAUUACAAUUUUUUUAACAAAUUUAAUAACAAAAAUGCACAUAAUAAUACGGAUAAUCAAAAUUAUAAUCACAAUAACAGAACAUACACAUAUAACAAUAAUAAAAAUUUCAAUAAUCAUUCGGAAAAUCAACUUAAACAAAACCAUAAAUUUAUACAUGCUAUAGAUACGCCUAAACGUCGUUAUUGUCCAAGGUGUCGUACAGAUUCUCAUGGUUUACGCCAAUGUACGGCUGACAAGAGUAACAUCUUCUGCUUUGUUUGUGGCAAAAAAGAUGUUAAAACCCCGCAAUGCCCUGAUUGUAACAAGGCAAAAGGUAUUAAAUCAGUCCAAAAAAACUGAAUACCCGGAACUGUAGUAUUAAUCAUUUUGAUAAAAAUGAUUGGCAACGUUGGUUGCAAACCAUCUCAAAUUUUUUCAAGUCUUAUAAGCUUACUGCAGUUCUGUCUAAUAAACCAAAUAACGAUUCUAGGCCUUAUGCCUCUAUUAAAAUAUAUGAUUUGUGUAUUGCGGGCUUACUGGACUCUGGUGCCGCUGUCACAAUCAUAGGUAACAAAGCUCAUGAAACUUUGAUAAGGAAGGGACUUCAAUUAAGUAGUAACGAGGCCAACCCUACAUUUAUUAUCGCUGCUGGAGGCCAAAAAUUGCAAAGUGUUGGUUCUAUGAAUCUUCCCAUUCAUUUUGAGGACCAAUUUCACAUAAUUGAAGCUCUUGUUGUUCCAGAAGUAGAAAAUAAUUUAAUUCUGGGCAUUGAUUUCUGGCGUAAGUUCCACAUUUGUCCUAAAUACCUAAAUUCUGUUAAUAUAUGUACUGUUAAUGACAACUUAACUUCUUUUCAUGACCCUAAAGCCCAUUUACAAGAUUAUGAGACCUUAGACGAGUCCCAAAGAGUUAUGGCCGAUAACGUCAUAAGUCAGUUUGAACAGAUCUCUUCAAAGGUCAAAGGUUUAGGCAAUACGCAUUUAAUUACGCACCGCAUCGAUACUGGGGAUACGCAACCCAUUCGACAGCGUUAUUACCGCUUAUCACCGGAGAAGCAACGUAUUCUCGCUGAACAAGUCGACGAAAUGCUAGCACUUGACGUUGUGGAACCGUGUGAAAGCGCUUGGUCGUCCCCUGUUUUGAUAGUGACGAAAAAGAACGGCGAACCUCGUUUCUGUCUCGACAGUCGAAAACUGAAUUCAGUCACGAAAAAAGACGCGUAUAAUCUGCCCUAUGUCUCAGAAAUCUUGGAUAAUCUUCGAGAUGCUCGCUAUCUAUCCAGCAUCGAUUUAUCCAAGGCAUUUUGGCAGAUUAAUAUCCAUCCCGAUGACAGAGAUAAGACGGCUUUCUAUGUCCCAGGGCGAGGUACGUUCAGGUUCAAGCGCACCGCGUUUGGAUUGACCAACGCCCCGGCUACACAACAGCGUCUUGUCGACAUUCUCUUUGGAGAAUUCGACCAAAAAGUGUUUGCUUAUUUGGACGAUAUCAUAAUAGUAAGUAAUGAUUUUGACAGCCAUGUUUCAACUUUAGUAAAAGUCCUGCAAAAGAUUAAACAUGCUAAUCUCACAAUAAAUCUUGAGAAAUGUCAAUUUUUUAGAUCCCGUCUCAAAUACCUAGGCUAUGUCGUUGACAAUGAUGGUCUGAGAACUGAUCCAGAAAAAGUGCAGGCUAUCCUCCAAUACCCUACACCUUCAAAUAAAAAGGAUGUAAAAAGGUUUCUCGGAACAGCCACCUGGUACCGUCGUUUCGUUCCAAACUUCAGCACUAUAGCCGCUCCCCUAAAUAAACUGACGUCCAAUAAAAAGAACGCGCCGCCUUUUAAGUGGACUAAUGAAGCUGAUGCUGCAUUUCUUAAACUUAAAGAGUGUCUGGUAUCAGCACCAGUACUAUCCUGUCCUGACUAUAACCUCCCUUUCGAAGUCCAUACGGACGCCAGCAAUGUAGGAGUUGGUGCUAUGCUCACGCAAACCAUUAAUUCGAGGGAGCAUCCAAUAGCUUACAUGAGUAGAUCUUUGUCAGCCUCAGAACAGAAUUACAGCAUCACUGAGCGUGAGACGUUGGCCGUAAUUACUGCUCUGGAGCAUUGGAGGUGCUACCUUGAAAACGGAAAGCGGUUUAUAGUAUACACCGACCACAGUGCACUAAAGUGGUUCUUGUCCCUAAACAAUCCGACAGGUAGACUGGCUCGUUGGGGUGUGCGCCUUUCCUCUUUCGAUUUUGAUAUUAGACAUCGUCGCGGUUCCGAUAACGUUAUUCCCGAUGCCUUAUCUCGUGCAAUUCCCGUAAGUGCCAUAAGUUCAAACAAUUUAAUCAGUACCACUUCUGAUACUUGGUACAGAAAUAUUUAUAAUGGUUGCAUAAACCACCCCCAAAAUUAUCAAAAUUUCUUAGUCAAAAACAACACCCUAUAUCGUUUAAGUAAAGAAAAAUUUAAUUUAAAUUCAGAAUUUGCUUGGAAAGAAGUCAUUCCCAUUGAACUGCGUGAGCAAAUUAUUUUUGAAAAUCAUUCCGAGCCUACGGCCGGACAUCUCGGUAUAUUUAAGACAUAUAAACGCCUUGCUUUGCGUUAUUUUUGGCCGGGUAUGCAUGGUGACGUUGUCAAAUUUAUUUCCUCUUGCGACAAAUGCCUAGCUUAUAAAAUACAAAAUCACGCUACCUUGGGUGAAAUGGGACGUCCCAAACAAUGUUCUCGUCCAUUUCAAGUAAUUUCUAUUGAUCUGAUGGGCCCUUUGCCAGUAACUCGCAGGCAAAAUUCAUAUAUUUUUGUAGUCACGUGUUGUUUUUCUAAAUUUUGCCUUAUUUUCCCUAUUAGAAAUGCCACAUCGCAAAACAUAAUUAAAAUUUUAGAAGAUUCCGUUUUUCUUGUUCAUGGCAUACCGCAGACCAUUUUCCUAGAUAACGGUACUCAGUUUACUAGUAACCUCACAGACAAUCUCUUUAAAAAGUAUAAAAUUCCGAACAUAUUUUUCACACCUAAAUAUACUCCCCAAAUUAACACCGUUGAACGUUACAACCGGACAAUUAUCACUUCCCUAUCAACGUUCGUUGAUGAUGAUCAUAGGUCCUGGGACACUAAAAUACCAUCUAUCCAAUUUGCCAUCAACAACUCGGUCAACGAAGCAACUCACUACACUCCUUCAUUCCUUGUUUUUGGAAGAGAGUUGGUCACUUGCGGCUCACAUUACGUCGAUAACGACAUAGGUAAUGAGUUGAUAUUUUUACCCCGCGAUGCUUACGCCGAAAACUUGGGUUGUUUGUCUAAGAUAUUUGAUGAUGUCCAAUUCAAACUUUUUCAGGCUCAUACAAAAAACACCUCUCAUUAUAAUUUAAGACGCAAAUCAGCAGAAUUUCAUGUUGGCGAUACUGUCAUGAAAAGAGCUUAUGUUCAGAGUGACAAGGACAAGUAUUUUAGUAAAAAGUUAGCACCGAAAUAUAUAAAGUGUCGGAUAAUAGGUAAAAAGUCUCCUUUAAUUUACAAUUUGGCUGAUAUGUCUGGUAAAGAUAUUGGGACUUGGCAUAUAAAAGAUUUAAAAUUAGUAACUGUAAAUAAAUAAAUAUAUAUAAAUUAUACCCAACCUCUUUCAUAUUGAAUUUAUUAGAACUUAAAUGAAGCGAUGUACCUAACAUUUUUUUUUUAAGUUAGUCAGAUAACAAAACACUGACUGAACUUAGUUUGUAACUGCCAUAGUAACAUAAAUGAAAUAGUCACUACGGCUGUUUGGACGGAUGAAAGAUAAAUGAAGAUGUAUGUAUGUAGAUGUAUAAAAGAAAAAAAAAAAUAAAAAAAAAAAAAACAAUAUAAAAGCUUCGUUUUUAUAAAAAAAAAAAAAAACUCGCUUAGCGGAUUUUAUUAUUUAUAUAAAAUAAAAUCCUUGAGGACGAGAGGGGGUAUUGUAACAUAUAUUUAUUUAUUUAAACUAAAUUCAACAUAAAACAAAAGUAAAAAAAAAAAUAAUUAAUGAAAUAUUAACCUAAUUAAACUAAAAUAAAAAUACAAACACUAUAUACAUUAAAACUAUAACUAAAACCCUACUAAUACAAUAAUAAAUCACUAAAUAACAAACAAAUAAACAAAAACAUUAAAACAUAGGUACGUAAGUUGGUCACAUCAAUAAUGGCUAGUUGUUCGUUCUCACUGCAACAUACGACCGGUCCUUUGUUCUCGUCCCCACAUAAACGGGCGCGUAGCGGGCGAUCGCGGAAAGCGAUUUUGAUCUUCAUACAGCGGACACGUAAACGCUCAUCUCAACGCAGUGUUCAAAAAAUUUAAAUACGCUGAUAAUUAAUUCCUCCAGUUUUUUUUACACACUGUGACUAGAAUUUCUAAAGUGUAAAAUUUCUCUUCAGUUUAAUUUCAAAGUUUUGUGUGUGCAAUAUUAUUACCCGUGAAUCGGUAAGUGGUGAACCUACACUGUAUUUUAUAGGGAUAUUACGUUAGUAUGUUUUAUUAGUGAAUUGUGUUAUUUUAUUCUUUUAUGUACUGAGCAGUGUUCAAUAUUCAAUGUAAUAAAAUGGCCGUUAGCUGUUAAAUUAUUGCAUCAGCCAUAGUUUUAAAUUCUACCUUCAAUAUUGUUCAUUUGUUAAAAUUCUAAAUAUUGGUUUUCUCACUUAAAUUUUAUCAGGAUAAUAAUAACUGAUUCUUGUAACUCUGUUCUCCUUGACCAUCAGCCACAUUCAUGCCUACUUGGUAUAAACUAGGUACUUAUUCCCUUCUUUGCUUCUGGGCGUGGCUGGCUGGUCAAGGGCUUAGUAGGUCAUUGAAUUUAUACUGGACAUCAUAUUCCAGGGUCCGAGUUUAGGGCUGAGACGACAGCCAUAUCAUUGCGCACCACCCUGCGACUGCUGAGUGCUGUCCGUACGACCGACCAUCCCAGCGUAGCCAUUGACCGAAGACUGGUCGCGAUUAAGGGCAGUACCUCUUUGUCAGGAUUUAGAACACGGCAUAGGGCAGUAGGACUCAACCCUGUAUUUAUUUUCUUUAAAUAAAAUUAUUAUCUGUGGA